CCGGGGCUGCGGAAGCCGGAAGCCCGGGGCUGCAGGGCUGCGGGGUUCCGGGUCGGCGGCGGUUGCGGAAGCCGGAAGCCCGGGGCUGCAGGGCUGCGGGGUUCCGGGUCGGCGGCGGUUGCGGAAGCCUGAAGCCCGGGGCUGCAGGGCGGCGGGGUUCCGGGUCGGCGGCGGCUGCAGAAGCCUUAAGCCCGGGCUGCGGAGUUCCGGGGCUGCGGAAGCCGGAAGCCCAGGUUGCGGGUUUCCCGGGCGGCGGAGGCUGCGGAAGCCGGAAGCCCGGGGCUGCCGGGUUCCGGGGCUGCGGACCGGGCCGGGCGGUGCAGGGUGCGGAGCGCCGGGAAAGCGCGGGUUUGUACGCGUCUUGUGCCCGGGCUCGCGGCGUUUAGUCCUCUCGGUUAAUGGCUAUUUCUUAUCACUGCGAAAUGAAACCUUGCCCCUUCAGGAUUGCCAGUUAGUUUAUUGGAAAAAUAGCAUUCUGGAAAUUAUUUGUUUGCUGAAAAAUCUCGAUUACUUCAGGGGUCGCUCUCUGUCUGUGUUGGUGUAGAUUGAAAAUAAUUCAAUUUAUCAUUUAAAAUACCACUUAAGAUGGGAAAUUUCGAACGCAAAUAGCAGUUGAUGAGAUUGUGAUAAUAUAUUUAAGAUAAUGAACAAGAGAAAAAAGCUACGGGUCAGUGUGUAUUAAAUUAUUUUUUGUGAGCGGGAUUUAGAUAUUUAAUGAUAGCUUUGAAGUUAAAAAUAAAGAUAAAAUUUAUCUUUUUUGCUAAAAAAAGCAAAGAUAAAAUACUUUGCUCCCAAUUAUGGAUGGCAGCUAUUAUUCACAUAUGUUGGGCACAUAGAACAAUGCUAUAUGUAUGUAUUAUACGUAAAUAUAGGUAUUUUAUAAUUUAAAAGACUUAUUCUUGAAAAAUAACAAUGUCAUUUCUCUUUAGCUUGUCAGCUUUUUUACUUUCAAGAUUGGUUAGGUUACUUGUCAGUAGGUCACUAAAUGAAAGAUCAUUGAGCAACAAAUCACACGUUUUCUGUUUUAUCUAAUAUUUCAGAUAAACAUUCUGAUUUGAGGGAGCAGAUCCAACGCGCAGCCUUCAUAGGAGUCUCAGUCCAGCAUCAGCACAGAGUCUGUGAAAGAUGCAGGGGGUGUCCCAGUGAUGGGAGGAAAGCCCUUGACAAGUGGAUGUUUGACUUCUUGGGAAAGAAUUCUUUACGGCCCGCAGGGUCCCUGCCCACUGCCGGGGGACGGCAGUAUGGAGACAGCAGGGCUUGCAGCAGAGAUGGAGAUGUUACUAUCGCAGGGCACCAGGCGAGGAGGUACACAGCUAAGACCUGAAUACUAUCUGCACUCUAUCCAGGCCCUACAGUUUCAUGCUGACUUCUUUAUGGAUUUGACUCUUAGUUGCUGGUGACUCCUGGGCAGGAGGAAUGGCUCUGAUGACACUGGGGUUUGGAAGGCGGAAUUUUCGUCUGUUAAAGAGGAAGAGUUCAUUGCUAUUGAAACUCAUAGCUGUUGUCUUUGCUGUGCUUCUAUUUUGUGAAUUUUUAGUCUAUUACUUAGUGAUCUUUCGGUGUGAUUGGCCUGAGGUGAACACUCCAACCUAUGAUGGUAAACAAACGACGUUUGAGCCUGUGCUGAAAGCUAUGUUUUUGGCAGACACCCACUUGCUUGGGGAAAUCAGAGGCCACUGGCUAGACAAAUUACGAAGGGAGUGGCAAAUGGAGAGAGCCUUCCAGACAGCCCUGUGGUUGUUGAAGCCGGAUGUUGUCUUCAUUCUGGGAGAUGUCUUUGAUGAAGGGAAGUGGAGCUCUCCCCAGGCCUGGGCAGAUGAUGUGGAACGGUUCCAGAAAAUGUUCAGACACCCAAGUCAUGUGCAGCUGAAGGUAGUUGUUGGCAACCAUGAUAUUGGCUUCCAUUAUGAGAUGACCACAUACAAAGUCAAGCGGUUCAAGAAAGUUUUCAAUCCUGAAAGGUUGUUUUCUUGGAAAGGUGUUAAUUUCGUGAUGGUCAACAGUGUGACGAUGGAAGGUGACCGUUGCACCCUCUGCUCCAAAGAAGAGGCAGAGCUGCUUGCAAUUUCCCACAGACUGAACUGCUCCUGGGAGCAGGGUCCUGCUUCUCGCCAGUGUGGAGCCGGGCGGCCGCUGCCCGCGUCUGCCCCCGUCCUCCUGCAGCACUACCCACUCUAUCGGAGAAGCGACUCGAAUUGUUCCGGGGAAGACGCUGCCCCUCCAGACGAAAGGAGCACCCCAUUUCAGGAGCGAUAUGACGUGCUUUCUCGGGAGGCUUCACAAAAGCUGCUGUGGUGGCUGCGGCCGCGCCUGGUCUUGAGCGGCCACACGCACAGCGGCUGCGAGGUGCUGCACGCCGGAGGCCCCCCGGAGCUCAGCGUCCCGUCUUUCAGUUGGAGGAACAGAAACAACCCGAGUUUCAUCAUGGGCAGCAUAACAGCCACAAGUCAUGCUCUCUACAAGUGCUACCUCCCACGUGAGGACAUGGUUCUGGCCACCUACUGCGGAGCAGCUGUGUUCCUUGCGGUCCUCAUAUUUGCUCACUUUGAGCUGUUAGCCUCACCUUUUCCUUUUGGUUGGAACCUGCUCAGAAAGCCUAGGACAAUGUGAAGAGCAGGUGACGUCUGCACUUAGGAAUAAAUCCUGAAGCCCAAGAAAUGGAAGUUCAGGCAGAGCUCGAAGAGUGGAGUGGACCAGACCCACGUGUAGGCUGUCAGUGUGGACAUUACAGAGACUCUAAAUCACUGAUGUGAGUUACUGCAGAAUAGUUGAUUGUACUGUUCUCAUGCUAUAAAAAUGGAACGUGUACUCUACAACAAAUCAGCUUUCUCAUUUUUAUCAAAUAUAUGGAUCAUCAAAGGUUGCAUCUGUACAGGAUACAAAUGCUGCUAACACUGUCGCUUGCAUGCACAACGUAGUCCUUGCUUCCCCAGGAAGGGCCUGGAAGCCCCAACACACACUUGGGGGGGGUGUGUACACAAACACUGGGUUUGCUUCUGUCUGCCUAUGAGGUGGCUCUCAAAUUCCUGUAUAGUAUAAAGCCAUAUCCUUAAAAUAAAAGUACAGGUGCAAUGUA